UGACCCUGACGUUGUUUUCGCCGACGUGGUGCGGCGUACAGCCGGCAAAGUGACGUGGAUUUGUGUUCGUGGAUGGAAGAUCCAGUCGUGGAGACGAUCGACCCGCAACAAUGAUAAAGAAAUUCGACAAAAAAGACGAGGAGUCUGGGAGUGGCUCAAACCCCUUCCAGAACCUGGAGAAGAGUGCAGUGCUUCAGGAGGCACGGAUCUUCAACGAGACACCAAUCAACCCCCGGAGAUGCCUCCACAUUCUCACCAAGAUCAUCUACCUGCUCAACCAGGGAGAACAUUUCGGGACUACCGAGGCGACAGAGGCCUUCUUUGCCAUGACCCGGCUCUUCCAGUCAAAUGAUCAAACUCUGAGGAGGAUGUGUUAUCUGACCAUUAAGGAGAUGGCCAACAUCUCUGAGGACGUCAUCAUUGUGACCAGCAGUCUGACCAAGGACAUGACGGGCAAGGAGGAUGUGUACAGGGGCCCAGCCAUCAGAGCACUCUGCAGGAUCACAGAUACCACCAUGCUGCAGGCUAUUGAGCGCUACAUGAAGCAAGCGAUCGUGGACAAGGUGCCAAGUGUGUCCAGUUCAGCACUGGUCUCCUCUCUGCACAUGGUGAAGAUGAGCUACGACGUGGUGAAACGCUGGGUGAACGAGGCACAGGAGGCAGCUUCCAGCGACAACAUCAUGGUGCAGUACCACGCCUUGGGCCUGCUGUACCACCUGCGGAAGAAUGACCGCCUGGCCGUGUCCAAGAUGCUCAACAAGUUCACCAAGUCCGGCCUCAAGUCCCCCUUCGCCUACUGCAUGCUUAUCCGCAUCGCCAGCCGGCUGCUGGAGGAAACCGAGGCUGGGCACGACAGCCCGCUGUUCGACUUCAUCGAGAGCUGCCUGAGGAACAAGCAUGAGAUGGUGGUGUACGAGGCAGCCUCCGCCAUCGUGCACAUGCCCAACUGCACCGCCCGAGAGCUCGCCCCCGCUGUCUCAGUCCUCCAGCUCUUCUGCAGCUCCCCCAAAGCAGCCCUUCGCUAUGCGGCUGUCAGGACCCUCAACAAGGUGGCGAUGAAGCACCCCUCCGCCGUGACGGCCUGCAACCUGGACCUGGAGAACCUGAUCACGGACUCGAACCGCAGCAUCGCCACGCUGGCCAUCACCACGCUGCUGAAGACGGGCAGCGAGAGCAGCGUGGACCGCCUCAUGAAGCAGAUCUCCUCCUUCGUCUCCGAGAUCUCCGACGAGUUCAAGGUGGUGGUGGUGCAGGCCAUCAGCGCGCUGUGUCAGAAGUAUCCCAGGAAGCACAGCGUCAUGAUGAACUUCCUCUCCAACAUGCUCCGAGACGACGGCGGCUUUGAGUACAAGCGGGCCAUCGUGGACUGCAUCAUCAGCAUCAUCGAGGAGAACCCCGAGAGCAAGGAGGCGGGGCUGGCGCACCUGUGCGAGUUCAUCGAGGACUGCGAGCACACGGUGCUGGCCACCAAGAUCCUGCACCUGCUGGGCAAGGAGGGCCCGCGCACCCCGACGCCCUCCAAGUACAUCCGCUUCAUCUUCAACCGCGUGGUGCUGGAGAGCGAGGCCGUGCGGGCCGCCGCCGUCAGCGCCUUGGCUAAGUUCGGAGCCCAGAACGAUGACCUGCUGCCAAGUGUGCUUGUGCUGAUGCAGAGGUGUAUGAUGGACAGUGAUGAUGAGGUUCGAGACCGCGCCACCUUCUACAUGAAUGUGCUACAGCAGAAGCAGAAGGCCCUCAAUGCUGCCUACAUCUUCAAUGGUCUGACCGUCUCUGUUCCCGGUCUGGAGAAAUCCCUUCACCAGUACACUCUGGAGCCCUCAGAGAAACCCUUUGACAUGAAGACCGUUCCCCUGGUAACCGCGCCCAUCACAGAACAGAAGACAGAAAUCGCGCCGGUGGCCACCAGCAAACUUCCAGAGAAGCUGGCUCCCUCACGGCAGGACAUUUACCAGGAGCAACUGGCCGCUAUCCCAGAGUUCCAGGGCCUGGGGCCGCUGUUCAAGUCGUCGGAGCCGGUGCAGCUGACGGAGGCGGAGACGGAGUAUGUGGUGCGCUGCGUCAAGCACACCUUCGCCGGCCACAUGGUGUUCCAGUUCGACUGCACCAACACGCUCAACGACCAGCUGCUGCAGAAGGUGCUGGUGCAGAUGGAGCCGUCAGAGGCCUACGAGGUGGUGGCCUACGUGCCCGCCGCCAGCCUGCCCUACAGCCAGCCGGGCUCCUGCUACAGCCUGGUGCGCCUGCCCGAGGACGAGCCCACCGCAGUGUCCUGCACAUUCAGCUGUACCAUGAAGUACCUGGUCAGAGACUGCGACCCCAACACAGGAGAGCCGGAUGACGACGGUUACGAUGACGAAUACGUGCUGGAGGACUUGGAGGUGACGGUCGCAGACCACAUCCAGAAGGUGCUCAAACCCAACUUCAGUGCCGCCUGGGAUGAGGUGGGCGACGAGUUCGAGAAAGAGGAGACUUUCGCCCUCGCCUCUGUCCGAACUCUAGAAGAGGCCGUCAGUAACAUCAUCAGCUUCCUGGGCAUGCAGCCGUGCGAGCGCUCGGACAAGGUCCCCGAAAACAAGAACUCCCACGUCCUGGUGCUGUCCGGUGUGUUCCGGGGGGGCCACGACGUGCUGGUGCGCUCGCGCCUCGCCCUGGCCGACGGGGUGACCAUGCAGGUGACCGUGCGGAGCGGGGAGGAGACCGUCGUCGACGUCAUCCUGGCGUCCGUGGGGUAGUCCCGCGGCAACCCCAAACCACGCCCCCUCCCCCAUCCCUGGUGAACACGGCCUCUGUAUAGCUUUCAAAUCAGUGGUUCUCAAACCUUUUUUUGGGUGGUGAGCCAUUUUACCAGUAGAACUGCCCCUACCCCCCCUGGAAGUGCAUACAUAAAGAAAUACUCCUGCUUAUUUUUGCAAUGCAAACUCAGCUCAAAGUGAUUGUUGUCAAAUAAUUUUCUUUAAAAAGCAGCUAAAUGGCGCUUAGGUCCUGACUUGCAGCCAGGUGACUUGCAGUGUGGAAAAGUCUCAUUGGUGUGUGAGCGUAUCAGAGCAUUCCUUUCACCACACCCUGCUCAUGUUUGGGUGCAUUGCUCACGAUGAGGUGACAGUGUCCUUCGAGCGAAAUUCCAAAAAAUGGGCACAGAAAGGGGGGGGGGGGGGGAGCAUUAAAAGUGGUUAAAUAGUUGUCACUGCUCUCACCCUAUCCUCUCCCAGUUGGCAUCCAAACAGACUGUGCUUUGAGAACCACUGGUUUAAAUAAAGAGAUUUCCUUUUUCACCUUACCCCCCCCCACCCUCAUCACAUGCACCGUCCAUCGUUGUGUUGGUGUUCUUUGGUUUGGGGACUGUGCUGUCUGGUGGGACAGCACUGAAUGGGUUGCCAUGUUACCAUACAAUUUAGUCAUUUUCAAAAGGGAUUGGUGUCUGACAUGGCAACCACAACAGACUUGGGAUGUUGUGCACCUGCCUGCAUGGGAAAGGUGACCAGGGCCAUUGUCACUGAACCCCCCACCUUCGAUCCCCCUCAGAAAAGGACUUUUGGCCAAAGUUUCAGUAUGACACAUAAACAUGUCCUGUUGCUCUGAACUCUGCAGUGGUUUUGUAUGGCAAUGUGACUCUGGAUUGGUGUCCUUCCUAAACUCUCUCCAUCUGUCUUUUAUCAUGUAAUUGUGACCAGGGAAGCAGAUGAGUCUUUCUUGGGGUCUGGAGAUGUUAUUAAAGUUCUGCCACAUAAC